CGCCCAACCUACACUAACCUAAACAGGUUGAUAGGUCAAAUUGUGUCUUCUAUCACUGUUUCCCUCAGAUUUGAUGGGGCCCUGGAUAUUGAUCUGACAGAAUUCCAAACCAACCUGGUACCCUACGCUCAAAUCCACUUCCCUCUGGCCACUUAUGAUACUGUCAUCUCUACUGAGAAAGUCUACCAUGAGCAGCUUUCUGUAGCAGAAGUCACCAGUGCCUGCUUUGAACCAGUCAACCAGAUGGUGAAAUGUGACCCUUACCAUGGUAAAUGCAUGGCUUGCUGCCUUCUGUACCAUGGUGAUGUGGUUCCCAAAGAUGCUUCCAUUGCCACCAUCAAGACCAUGCGUACCAUCCAGUUUGUGGACUGGCGCCCCACUGGCUUCAAGGUUGGCAUUAAUUACCAGCCUCCCACUGUGGUAUCUGGUGGUCACCUGGCUAAGGUCCAGAGAGCUGUCGGCACGCUGAGCAACACCACAGCCAUCGCUGAGGCCUGGACUCACCUAGAUACCAUGUUUGAUCUGAUGUAUGCCAUGCAUGCCUUUGUGCACUGGUAUGUGGGUGAGGGCAUGGAGGAGGGGGAGUUCUCUGAGGCCCGUAAGGACAAGGCUGCCCUAGAGAAGGAUUAUGAGGAGGUUGGUGUGUAUUCUGUGGAAGGCAAGGGUGAGGAAAAAGGAGAGGAAUGCUAA